GCGGGAGGGAAAGCUAAGGGCCUUGAAGACCCGAGUCCUCUAGUUUCGGGAGAGGGUGAGGGGUGCAUAGCGUUGAGGUGCGAGGAGAGGAAAGGACAAUAGAGAGCUUGUGAGCAAGAGGUUCUCCGAGUCCAGAGAGCCGAGCCCUCCAGCCGCGGGGUGGAGAGCGGAGCCGAUCGGCUUCUAGUGGUGAUCGAGUGUUUUCCCGUCACAGGAAGUUGGGCCCGGCCGCUGGGAACGAGAAGGGAAGGAGGAAUGAGAAAGCCGUGACGGUCCCCCGCCCCCGCAGGUGGCUGUCCCACCCAGUGAGUUGAAUGUAGCGGCCCGGGAGGUGCUCGGCCUCCCUCACAGGUCCAUAAGACCGAUUCUUAUGCUGUUAAGACCUAUGAAACAAUGGGAAAUCCAGAAAACAUAGAAGAUGCGUAUGUUGCUGUUAUUCGUCCAAAGAAUGCUGCCAGUCUCAAUUCUCGGGAAUACAGAGCUAAGUCAUAUGAAAUUUUGUUGCAUGAAGUUCCUAUUGAGGGACAGAAAAAAAAGAGAAAGAAGGUUUUGUUGGAAACUAAACUUCAAGGCAACAGUGAAAUAACACAAGGCAUAUUGGAUUAUGUAGUAGAAACCACCAAACCAAUUUCUCCUGCAAAUCAGGGUAUCAGAGGAAAACGAGUGGUACUAAUGAAGAAAUUUCCUCUGGAUGGGGAGAAGAUGGGCAGAGAAGCAGCAUUAUUUAUUGUUCCAUCAGUUGUCAAAGAUAAUACUAAAUAUACAUAUACUCCAGGAUGCCCAAUUUUUUACUGCUUACAAGAUAUUAUGCGAGUCUGUAGUGAAUCCAGCACUCACUUUGCUGCACUUACAGCAAGAAUGUUAAUAGCCUUGGAUAAGUGGUUAGAUGAACGUCACGCACAAUCUCACUUUAUUCCAGCUUUAUUCCGACCAUCUCCUCUUGAGCGGAUAAAAACUAACGUUAUAAACCCUGCAUAUGCUACUGAAUCGGGUCAGACAGAAAACUCACUACAUAUGGGCUAUAGUGCACUAGAAAUAAAGAGUAAAAUGUUAGCCCUAGAGAAAGCAGAUACUUGUAUUUACAACCCGUUGUUCGGAUCAGAUCUUCAAUAUACAAACCGGGUAGAUAAAGUGGUAAUAAAUCCAUACUUUGGUCUAGGAGCUCCAGACUACUCAAAAAUCCAAAUUCCCAAACAGGAAAAAUGGCAGAGAAGCAUGAGCAGUGUGACAGAAGACAAGGAACGACAGUGGGUAGAUGAUUUUCCUCUCCAUCGAAGUGCCUGUGAAGGAGAUUCAGAAUUAUUAAGCCGACUACUCAGCGAAAGAUUUUCAGUCAACCAAUUAGACAGUGACCACUGGGCACCUAUUCAUUAUGCAUGCUGGUAUGGGAAAGUUGAGGCCACCCGCAUAUUGUUAGAGAAAGGAAAGUGCAAUCCAAACCUUUUAAAUGGACAACUUAGUUCUCCUCUUCAUUUUGCUGCUGGAGGAGGACAUGCUGAAAUAGUACAGAUUCUCCUGAACCAUCCAGAAGUUGACAGACACAUAACAGACCAACAAGGAAGAUCUCCUUUAAAUAUCUGUGAAGAAAAUAAACAGAAUAAUUGGGAAGAAGCUGCAAAAUUGUUGAAGGAAGCCAUUAACAAACCAUAUGAAAAAGUUAGAAUAUACAGAAUGGAUGGAUCAUACCGUUCUGUUGAACUGAAGCAUGGAAAUAAUACCACGGUGCAACAGAUAAUGGAAGGAAUGCGUCUCUCUCAAGAAACACAGCAGUAUUUCACUAUUUGGAUCUGUUCAGAAAAUCUCAGCCUCCAACUCAAGCCUUAUCAUAAACCACUGCAACAUGUUCGUGACUGGCCAGAAAUACUUGCUGAAUUGACUAAUCUGGAUCCCCAAAGGGAAACACCACAGCUUUUCCUGAGAAGAGAUGUGAGACUUCCUUUGGAAGUUGAGAAAAAGAUUGAAGACCCAUUAGCUAUUCUUAUUCUCUUUGAUGAAGCCAGAUAUAAUUUAUUGAAGGGCUUUUAUACAGCUCCUGAUGCUAAACUGAUAACAUUGGCAAGUCUACUGCUGCAAAUAGUUUAUGGAAAUUAUGAGAGUAAGAAACACAAGCAAGGUUUCCUAAAUGAAGAAAAUCUAAAAUCCAUUGUACCCAUUACCAAACUGAAAAGUAAGGCACCUCACUGGACAAACCGAAUACUUCAUGAAUACAAGAAUCUUAGUACAAGUGAAGGUGUCAGUAAAGAAAUGCAUCACCUUCAGCGCAUGUUCUUACAGAACUGUUGGGAAAUUCCUACAUAUGGAGCAGCUUUUUUCACAGGACAGAUAUUUACAAAGGCAAGCCCCAGUAAUCAUAAAGUCAUCCCUGUGUACGUAGGCGUGAAUAUAAAAGGACUUCAUCUUCUCAACAUGGAAACUAAGGCUUUACUCAUCAGUCUUAAGUAUGGUUGUUUUAUGUGGCAGUUGGGAGAUGCUGAUACAUGUUUUCAGAUCCACAGUAUGGAAAAUAAAAUGAGCUUUAUAGUACAUACAAAACAGGCUGGCCUUGUGGUAAAACUAUUAAUGAAACUAAAUGGACAGUUAAUGCCCACCGAAAGAAAUUCGUGAGAGGAAAGCAACUGAUACUUAAGCCAACACAUUUUGUAACGUAGAUUUUUUCCAUGAAAGAUUUCUUAAACUGUUACUUUUAACAAGGUAUUUAGUCUCUCGUGAUGUAUGUGUAUACUAUCACAUUGUACAGAAUCUGUACUUAUGUUUGGUGUGUAAUAUACCAAUUAGUUUUAUAUAAUAUCUUCAUAAGCUAAUCUAAUUUUUAAGAGAAACACACAAAAAGGUGUAGAUUGAUAGUCUGUAUAAUAUUAGACAAAAUAGUAAGCUUUAUAAAAAGUUAUUUUUGAUAAAUGGUAAAGAAUUUAGAGUAGAAUAUGAUGAAAUUAAAAUAUAGCUUUGCUGCAACUUUCUGUUAUUUCAAAAUACACUGAGAGUCAACAUGAUUUGAAUAAAGAAAAUGUGUUUUCCACUUAAA